AUGAGUGAGAUGGACGGAGUAGCUAGAGGUUGUGGCGCGAGAGGGCGCGGUGCUCGAGGCCGUGGUGGCAGAGCUAGAGGCCGUGGAGGCCGGGGCCGAGGUUGUGGACUUCCGGAUUCGGGAGAGAGUGUGGCGCCUAGUGUGGCGACUGCGUCGGUGACCCAGUCGGUAUCCGUGGCGAGUGAGGCCAGUGUGGAUGCGAGUGUUGGUUUGGGAGCGGGGGCUGCUCCGGUGGUUCCACAGGGGCUCCGGGAGUACCUCCAGUGGCAGAGGUGCAGCAGGGGCUGCGGGUUUUGUUCAGCCGCAGGCUGUGGGUUUGAUGGUGCCGCCUAUUUGGAUAUGAUGGGGCACAUGCAGAGGAUUGGUACGCCGUACUUUAGGGCGGAGUUAGCCCAGAGGCGGCAGAUUAGUGGCGUUAGAGAUUGGAGCGGAAUUUCCAGUCUAUCAGAUGUUUGUUUAGUACCAGGGACCUUGUUAGUGGGCGGUUUUGAGUCCCACGUUUUAUUCGACUCUGGAGCAUCGAAUUGCUUCAUUACACCGGAGCGUGCCGAGAAGAGUGGCAUCCGGAGUAGCGCGGGCGAGAGCGCGGGCAUGGUCAAGGUGGCGGGAGGUGGAUUCUUGUCUACUUUGGGCCGUGCUAGAGGAGUCGAGAUCGAGAUUGCGGGGCAGUCAAUGCCAGCAGACUUAGUCAUCAGUCCGGUGGAGCUGUAUGACGUUAUUCUCGGGAUGGACUGGUUGUCACACUACAGAGUUCAUCUGGAUUGCUACAGAGGUAGAGUGGUCUUCGAGCGAGAUGCAGGGAGGUUGGUUUAUCAGGGAGUGAGACCGACUUCCGGGAGUAUUGUGAUAUCUGCUAUUCAGGCCGAGCAGUUGUUAGAGCGGGGCUGUGAGGCGUAUCUGGCGACGAUUUCUAUGUCUGAGUCAGGAGCUGGAGUUGUUAUGGGAGAUAUUGAGGUUGUCCAGGAUUUUGAGGAUGUCUUUCAGUCACUGAAGGGAUUACCACCAUCUCGGUCUGAUCCUUUCACGAUUGAGUUAGAGCCGGGGACAGCACCGAUAUCGAAGACGCCUUACAGGAUGGCGCCAGCUGAGUUGGCAGAGCUGAAGAAGCAGAUAGAGGACCUUUUGUCUAAGGGGUUCAUUCGACCGAGUGUUUCACCGUGGGGAGCACCGGUGUUGUUUGUGAAGAAGAAGGAUGGGAGUUUCAGACUUUGUAUCGAUUACAGAGGUCUUAACCGAGUCACUGUGAAGAACAGGUACCCACUCCCGAGGAUUGAUGAGUUGUUGGAUCAGUUGAGGGGUGCUACUUGGUUCUCCAAGAUUGACUUGGCAUCGGGGUAUCAUCAGAUCCCGAUAGAUGAGGCAGAUGUCAGGAAGACUGCUUUCAGGACGCGUUAUGGGCAUUUUGAGUUUGUGGUUAUGCCUUUCGGUUUGACUAACGCGCCGGCAGCCUUCAUGAGAUUGAUGAACGACGUGUUCAGGGAGUAUUUGGACGUGUUCGUCAUCAUUUUCAUUGAUGAUAUUCUGGUAUACUCGAGGAGUCAGGAGGAGCAUGCGACUCACUUGAGGUUGGUUCUGGAGAAGCUUCGGGAGCAGAAGCUUUUUGCUAAGUUGAGCAAGUGCAGUUUCUGGCAGCGAGAGAUGGGAUUUCUUGGCCACAUUGUUUCUGCAGAGGGAGUUUCUGUGGAUCCGGCUAAGAUUGAGGCUAUCAGAGAUUGGCCUAGACCUAGUAGUGCCACCGAGAUCAGGAGUUUUCUGGGUUUGGCAGGAUACUACAGGAGGUUCGUCAAGGGGUUUGCUACCAUGGCGCAGCCGAUGACGAAGUUGACCGGGAAGGAUGUCCCUUUGUUUGGUCAGCUGAGUGUGAGGAGAGCUUUAGUCAGCUCAAGGAGAUGUUGA